CAGAGCCCCAAAGCCCAGCAGAGAGAGUUCCCCAUUCCGACCCGCCGAAAGCCGCCCGCCGCCAGCUCGCCGAGAGAGCAGCAAACGCUGCAACAGGAUGCUGUACAUCGUGGGGCUCGGCCUCGGCGACGAGCGCGACAUCACCGUGCGGGGGCUCGACGCCGUCCGCCGCUGCGCCAAGGUCUACAUGGAGGCCUACACCUCGCUCCUCUCCCUCGGCCUUGACCCCUCCGCGCUCUCCAACCUCGAGAAGCUGUACGAGAAGGAGAUCACGGUGGCCGACCGCGAGAUGGUGGAGGAGCGCGCCGACCAGAUGCUGCGCGAGGCCGCCGACGCGGACGUCGCCUUCCUCGUCGUCGGCGACCCUUUUGGGGCAACUACACACACUGAUCUGGUCGUUCGUGCCAAGAACAUGGGGGUGGAAGUGAAGGUGAUCCACAAUGCGUCUGUCAUGAACGCAGUUGGGGUUUGUGGGUUGCAACUUUACCGCUACGGAGAGACCAUCUCUAUACCUUUCUUCACAGAGACAUGGAGACCAGACAGUUUCUAUGAGAAGAUUCAGAACAAUCGACGACUUGGAUUGCACACACUUUGUUUACUAGAUAUUCGUGUUAAGGAGCCAACACUCGAGUCUUUAUGCAGAGGAAAGAAAGUGUAUGAACCACCAAGGUUCAUGAAUGUAAACACUGCAAUAAGUCAGCUUUUGGAGGUGGAGGAACUGCGUGAGGGAUCUGCAUAUGGUGCGGAUUCGCUAUGCAUAGGCGUUGCUCGCCUUGGAAGUGAUGAUCAAAAGAUCGUCGCUGGACCUAUGAAGAAACUACUAGAUGUUGAUUUUGGCCUGCCCCUUCACUGCCUCAUCAUAGUGGGAGAGACGCAUCCUGUGGAAGAAGAGAUGAUAGAAUUCUACAUGAUCAAGUCCUGAUGAAUGGAUGUGCUUUUAUGGCCUUGUAGCUGGAUAUAUGAUCCCAGGUGGCCAGGCCUAUAGUUCCCCUCAAUCGACACUUUGGUUUCUCGUGUGUAAGUUAAACUGGGA